UCCUCCAAUGCCAGUGAGUCUACCUGAAAUACAAAGUUUGGCAUGAUUGAUUCGUCGAACGAUGGAAUGGACUUUCCUUCACGUGGGUGUCGAAAAUAGAUGCUUGAGGUUCAUUGCGUGUUACCAUCUUGUCGAUGGUCGAUCGAGUUUCAUUGGAUUUCACGCGAUGGAAUUCUCUUUUUCUACGACGAGAAACGUCGUGCGAUAGGUUGUAGGAACGUUUGGAAAGAAAAAGAACUUGGAGAAGUCGGUUUGCAAGAUAGAAGACAGAGUUGGUUAAAAAUAGCACCUACCAGAUGAAUGAAAAUAGGAUAAAAACAAAAACCGGAGAAAAACCUUCUGUUGCAGAUAUAAUAGGAUCUAACGAAUUAGCAAUUUUUGUUUAUAUAUAUGACAAGAAUCCACAAGGGGACGAGCUUUUAAGAAACGUCGAGAGAAGAUUGUUUUCCCAAGUUUUCUGGAACGUUUGCGACGUUUGCAUAAUAGUUCUCGGACAGUGACACGUUGGCUCCAAUGCUUUUUAUACGCGUGUUUUCGCUAAAUAUAGCAGCCUAGUGUGUAACAACCGAAUGAACAGCGCGACAUUCUUCGAUUGGUGCUCGUUUUGGAAAAUUCUUCUUUCGAUCGAUGUGCGUUUUGGAAAAUUCUUCUUUCGAUCGAAUUACUUUCUUAAAGAGAGAAAGAAAAAAAAAAUAAAGGGGAAGGAAUUCAAAUCAAG